AUGUCACGCAUCAACACAGCGGAAAGACAGAAAAAAAUGCGUAAGAAAGUAAUUGCUUGUAUAAGGCAGCAAACACGCAUGAAGAUUAAUGAAUACAAAAUGAACAUCUAUGAAGUUUUUUUAAGCUGCGGCUUAAGUUUGUUGCGAUGUCAAAAAUCUAAUUUAUAUUUCACCUUCCCAUUGACCGGCAACGGCUAUCGAAUUGAAAUCUGCAUUCGACAUCUGCAGCUGUAUACAGAGGUGGCUAACAUCACGGAUAUGAGAGCUAAACAUUAUGACAUGACGCUUAUUUUAUUACUGAUGGCCAAAGAAUAUCGCAUGAUAGAUUUCGACUAUAAAUGGUGGACAGAAAUGUGCGUAGAUACGUAA